AUGAAUUCAUUUUCAGGAGUGCGCCAUGAGGCCAGCAUGCGAUAUGAUUUGAUGCUGGCAACUCCGAAGGAAUUCUAUCACGAAGAUCAUCGACCGCUGCAUUUCCAGAAUUUCAAAGGAUUUGACGACCCGUUGGGAGUUGCUUCAGCUGACAGAGAAGAUGUAUCGUUUGUGAUUCGUGAUGAAAAGGAGCCGUUGCAUCGAUCAGGCGUCAACUGUUUGCAAUACGAUUCACAAACAGAACAUGCGUUGUACAGUGGCGAUGGCUUACAGAAUAGUGCAAGGGCGAAAUAUCACCGUGAUUUGUACAUACAAUCGAUGGAACAUCACACCGAUUGGGUGAACGAUAUGGUGCUGUGUUGCGACGGCAGAAAUCGUCAGCUUUCGCUAUUUUUCGAAAAAAAUAGCAGUUUUUCAUAUACACUGGGCCCGGGUGUUGCAGUGAUUUCGGCAUCAAGCGAUACAACAGUGAAAGUUUGGAAUGCACAGAAAGGCUUUUGUAUGUCCACAUUGCGAACGCAUCGUGAUUACGUACGUGCCCUGGCAUAUGCGCGUGACAUUGAGAUGGUGGCAAGUGGUGGCUUUGAUCAGCUGAUCUAUCUAUGGGAUGUCGCUACACUGACAAAACUAACAGCUCUAAAUAACACUGUCACA